AUGGAUCCUCGGUUCCCAAAACGAAAAUCUUCCUUCACUGGAGGCUCGGACGAUCAAUGGGUUCGACCUGAAAGGCCCGAACAAUCCGUUCCAGAAGUCUUUGAGAAAGGUCAAACACAACGAAUACGACGGCGGGCGACGGCAGAGAAUGUACUGAUGCCGAUGCAAGUCGGAGAUGAUUUUGCAUUUAAAGACUUUACAACGGCGCAAGAGUGUUCAAACAAUGCUAAUGAGAUGAUAAUGGGGCCGACAACGAAUGAGCCUAAUUUUCACAUUGCAAAGAACCAUGAGUCCAGUCCAAGUGACUAUGUGGAUAGUGCUUACGCUAGUUUGGAUAUCUCUCCAUAUUGUUCCCAUGAGUUACCGAUCAACCACUCCUUUCUACCUAGAGGCCCUCAGCUUGACAUGGUUGAUGAUUGGGGAGGCCAGCACAUCAGUUCUGAUCGAUCUGCUGCAGAGAGUUGGCAGGAGCCGUUUGAAGACCAAACCAACGCGUCAGAUCCACCUUGUGUCCAAGAAUCCUUCAGACGAUAUCCUUUACCCGAAACUGACAACCAAAUUCUCACUUCGCAGUCAGAGGCGGAUUUGGCAAAAGCUCAUUACAUUCAGCUUGAUGCUGCCUCACAAGUGGUCGAAAAAGGCUUAGGCUCAGACGUCACUUUAACACAUGCUGGCGAUUUACAACAUGAUGCACCCAACAAUGCCCUGUUUAGCCCAGUGCCUGUUUUUUCUCAGUUGGGGGCAAGUCCCUGUGGUCUCGAAGACGAGCCAUACAGCUUCCACAAAAUUACGGAGAAAUCGAGCCAAAGCUCAGACACGCAGCAGGAAUGCAGUAUAAGCCCUCAAUGUUCAGGACUGGCGGAGCUUUCAGAAGAUCAAGAUAGCUGUCUAAGCAACGAAAGUGAAGAGCAACUUUCCAGAUCACCUCAAAGUUGUAAAGAGCUUACGAUUUCUUUCGCCAAGCACCGAGUAAUGGUAUCCGUGAUGCGCUAUUUCUACAGUCUUUUCGACGAUAGAUGGGAGUCGCAGUGCAGGCAAGUUACCAGUUCUCAUGAUGAACAAGGUAGACAUCAGGUCAACGUUCAGAAAGCUACCAUCGAAAGCAGCUACCCGAAGCGCUCAGAGCAGCUUGGCGACCAAAGCGAUUCCGAAAAUGAUAACCAUCAGAAAAAAAGGCGCAAACGACGAAGGGCAAACAGUAUGACAGACUUGGGCCGUAAAACUCCAUUAUUCGCAUGCCCAUUCCACAAAUACGACUCCCAAAGGUACCGAACCAACGAAUCCAGAGGUCACCGCUAUCGUACUUGCGCUGGCCCAGGGUUUAUCUCAAUCUCCCGAUUGAAGUAA